GACAAGGCUAGUCGAGGAGUCCAACACAACAUAUUGAAACGGCUGACCCAAUUACUUACCUUUUCUUUUUUUUUUCCAGUUUGGUACUUGAGAUGACGACUCCUCAAUUCAUUCCUUUACCGACAAUAAUAAUGUUGUUUCCCUUCUUCCUCUUGUUCACUCUCUCUCUCUUCCUAACAGACUCUUCUACAGAAACAGAAAGGACAUUGGCUAUAAUAAAGCCAGAUGGUGUUUCUGGAAACCAUACGGAUUCUGUAAAGGAAACAAUUCUCAAUCAUGGAUUCAAAAUCACAGAGGAAUCGUUCAUUCAGCUUGAUGAGGAUCGUGUGAAAAGCUUUUAUGCUGAGCAUUCUUCGAGGAACUUCUUUCCAAGCCUUAUUGAAUACAUGACCAGUGGUCCAGUGUUGAUAAUGGUUCUGGAGAAAGGGAAUGCCAUAGCUGACUGGCGUACAUUAAUUGGCCCAACAGACCCACUCAGGGCAAAGGUUACUCAUCCUCACAGUAUCAGAGCCAUAUGUGGGCUGAAUUUACAGGAGAAUUGUGUUCAUGGUUCUGACUCACCUCAGUCUGCUGCACGGGAAAUCUCUUUCUUCUUUAAAAGGACUUCAUCAGGACAUGUAUAUAAGCAUGACGAAUUAUAAGUUCUUGAAGAAGGGUUGUCUUCCAUUCAGUUUGCUCUAUGAACAGUUUGUUGCAGCUCACCUAACUUAGAGUUGUCCUCUGAGAUGGUAUAUCCUGCAAGACCAAGUUUAGUAGACUGAUUUAUUGGGGCGAUACAGUAGAUUUCCUUCUUGGCAGCUAUCAAAGCCACAUGGAGCCUAUAUUAUAGGAGCUUAGUGCUCAGUAUUUUCGACAUCUAACAUAGAUAUACGUGUGAAAAACACUAAAAUAGCAACCAAUAUUGUACCAUGGACAUGCAACAUUUUAUGAACCAUGGCAGAGCGACUUAGUGGAUCGGUAUCAGUAUCAUAUGAAAGAAUAUUUUUAGGCAGGA